AUGUCAUAUGACAGAGGAAAAGAAAUUGCAGAUCAUGGAUCAUCUGGGGAUCCACCAUCACCUUCUCCUAGCCGCUACGAGUCCCAGAAACGAAGAGAUUGGAAUACCUUCGGACAGUACCUGAGGAACCAAAGGCCUCCCAUACAUAUCGCCCACUGCCACAGCAACCAUGUGCUCGAGUUCCUCCGAUACCUGGAUCAGUUCGGAAAGACUAAAGUUCACUUGCAGGGUUGUAUCUUUUACGGCCAGCCUGAGCCACCGGCACCUUGUACCUGCCCACUUAGACAAGCCUGGGGAAGCCUUGAUGCCCUCAUCGGCCGCCUUCGUGCUGCCUACGAGGAAAAUGGAGGCUCACCCGAAUCAAACCCUUUUGCUAGCAGCACGAUUCGAGUUUACCUAAGAGAGGUGAAGGAAUGUCAAGCCAAGGCUAGGGGAAUCCCUCAUAAAAAGAAAAAGAAGACAACCAAGGGAGAAGACUCUAGCUCCACACUGCAUUUCUCUUGA